CACUGCCGCAACGCCUCUGCAUCAUACUUUUGUAAAUGUCACCCAUUCGAUGGAAGAUAAGCGCGCCAAAACAUUGGAGGCGCUUUCGGAAUUCAUCAAGUCGCAAAAGGCCUUGUUGAAACAGACACAGGAUGACAUCGCCAGACUACGGGAGUUGAGGAAUCAAAUCGUAGAAGACGAUGGUUGUCAUAUGGAGGGGAUCAUGAAAAAGCUGGCCCUAAGUUCUCUCAGAUUGAGUGAGCAGCCGGGUUUGACUCCAUCCAUUGCAAGAGAAAUUGAUUGGGGAGUGUUUAGGUCUUAUGAUCCAUCCCCAUUCAAAGACCUCGCGUCCACUCUCAGGCGUGUACAAGGCGAACGGAGCCGCUCAUCCCUCACCCAAAGCUCUCCCCUCUCUCCCCUUCAGCAGUUCGUCAAAGACCAACGCGCAGUUAUCCUCGACCCCAUCCUCCCCGCCUACGGUCUAUUCGCCGAGCGCUCCGCAUCCGACGAAGACGACGCGCUCGAUCCUGAGGAGCUCCGUCGGCAGCGCGAGCGUGAGAAGAUCCGCGAGCUCAAGAAACGCCGCAUCGACCGUGGGCAAGACGUGCCCCUCGUUGCGGGACUCCGCCGCCCGCGCACCGUGAAUGGCGUGUUCAUUCGGCGGGAUCAGGAAGAUGAGAGCGGGGAGGUGGAAAUUUCUGCUGAUGGGGACACGGAGGGUGAAACGUCUGCGCUGGGGCCGGGACAGCACGGGAUGCGCAUGGAGGUGGAUACUCCGCCCACAUCCGUUGUUUCAUCCGUCUCGACAUAUUCUGGUCUUCCUCCAGUGGCUUCCUCUGAGGAUAGUCACGUCAGAGUUGUUCGCGAGCGCAAGCCGAGCAGGAAGGCGCAGGCAAGAGAGACUGAUGUCAGCUCAUCCGUGUUGUCCGCUAAGGGGAAGAGAAAGCGCGAUGCAGAGACAAAGGUCGCAGCUGCGCCGGAGGCUGAGAGGGACGUUGACGGUGAGGAGCAGAUUGAUGCUAAGCAGAAUGGAAAGAAGAAGGAAAAGCCAAAAUCGGAGACGUACAAGCAGGCGUGGUCCGUCUCUGAGCAGCACCUCCUGGAGCGGCUCCUAGAGGAAAUACCCGAGGGCGAGAAGAACAGGUGGGCAAAGAUAUCCAAGGCGAUGAAUGGGCGAAGGACGGCCAGGCAGGUUGCCAGCCGUGUGCAGAAAUACUUUGAAAAGCUGAAGCGUUUCGGCGUUGAGGUCGGCGGCAGAAAAAGUAUCCCACCACGCAUUUAGUGUAUCAGAUCAUAUGGAUAGAUAUCAUGUCAUGAACAAUUUGUAGCAAAUACCAGUGUAUCAUAUGUGCAGCAACUAGUAUCCAUUUAUUUCUAUUAUGAAU